GAAUGUCGAAUACUUAUAUUUUGAUUUAGUUUCAAUUGUUAUCGUGUAAAUUAUAAACGUACAAAGAUGAACGUCUUACGUACCAUGUUCGGCGUGUGCAGCGGUUCCGCGGAGAAAGGAGAGGUUCACGACAUCGUCAGACGGAUAUUUGGCAACGAGCUCGUCAUGAAAGAUAAUUCCGACCGACAAAAUCAGAAAAGCAAAUAUUUGUGCCAUAUACGAGAGAAUCUGAUCAAGGUAUUAGAUGCGAAGAUAAUGACUCACAAGUCUAAAUUUGCGAAGAAACAUGCACAAGCUUACGCUGACAAACACGACGCCGUUGACGAUAGAGCGGGUCGCAUCGGUCCUAAGAUAGUUGUCUUCGAUGCAUCCACCGGUACUGGCCGUUUAGUGCUGGUUGGCGAUGAAAGAGUUAGCGUGCAAGGUCUGUCCAGUUUCGCCACUAUCAGAGCUACCGCCUGCGUUUAUUCUGGUAAAUGGAUGUAUGAAGCUCAGCUUGGCACUAAGGGAAUUAUGCAGAUUGGUUGGUGUACUGCUGGUUGUACGUUUUCAAUGGAUACCGGUGUGGGUGAUACGGUCAAUUCGUAUGCGUACGACGGUGGUAGAGUGCGUCGUUGGAAUGUGGCUACUUCGCCAUAUGGACAGGCAUGGCUGCCUGGUGACGUCAUCGGCUCCUGUCUCGACCUAGACAAAGGAACUCUUGAGUUUUAUAGGAAUGGCGUGUCUAUGGGCGUUGCAUUUGACAAUGUGGCUCACGGCACCGGGGUAGCUUACUUCCCGGCUGUGUCGCUGGCAAUGCAGGAACACCUUUAUGCCAACUUUGGUCAUGUGCCCUUUGUUUUUCCAGUAGAAGGCUUCUCUCCAUUACAAGCUCCGCCGACUAAAGAAUGUGCGCGCGCAACUCUUCUUUUCAAAUCACUCGAUGCUAUCAUAGAUGAACUGAUUCACCUCUCAUCUUUCAAGACUGUUGAUAAAAAGUCUAGUAAGGCGAAGUCGGAAACAUCGAAGGCUGCAGAAGAAGAGAUAGCGGUGCGCAUAGACAGCUCUAACUCGGUGUACUCGCCGCUCGGCUCGCCAACGAACGUUCUGGAAGCUCAGGGCAACGAAGUUAAGAGGAUGUCCAGAAAGGCUUUCCUAAUGUCGUUAGCUCGAUUGGUGGUGAUAGAACUGGGAGUUUGUUUGAAAAUGUCCUACGUAGUGAUCGGAGAGCUGCUUACCCGCUUUCGUGGCUAUCUUGGCUUGAGGUCGAGGAGUCUUAAUUUAGAUCCACAAACGUCGGAAUUUUAUAGCAAUAUUAAGGCUAAGGAUUACGAAGGUCUGUCAGAGAAAAUUCUGACACAACCCCAUCCGAAGUUGUGCACGCUGUUGGACUUGCUGUGGACCUUUCUAGAUGAAUCCGCACUUUGUGAUAUAUUCGAACACUGUAUUGUGAGAGAGUGCUUACUCUUCGAUUCUGUAUCGCCGGAUAUGCAGUUCAAACAACAAAUCGAAGGUGUUUAUGUGCUCUGUGGUUUGAUGCAACAUAGAGAGACGAGGCACCAUCUUGUCAAAUAUGUGUUCUUCAAUAAAAUUACAUUCGACAAUUUCCUCAACGUAAAAUGUCCUGACGAGAGUGUCUUACGAACAGUCAUACAAAAACCCUGGUGGCAGAGACCUAUGUCUGUUAAAGGGGAAACUGACCCUAUUAUAGCCGAUAAUGAACUGAAUCCAACAACUGAAGAUGACAUAGCUGUAGAAGCACGCUAUAAAGAUGACUGUGCUAAAAUAACUGAAGCCAUACGACCGCUGGAAAAUAUUCAGUUGGAGUUUGUUCUGAUACUGUUCGAUAACUCCGACGGUUCCAACGUUGUGCCGUCAACAAGAAAAAUAUUCUUGGAAAAGUUUCGACGAUACAUUAUGGAUAAUUGUAUUUUGGAUAUGCGGCUCUUCAAUGUGUCUCGCAACUCUCCUGCCAUUUCAUGGUGUUGCCACGCUAGACUCCUCACGGCAGUUCUCAAGUUAUGGAACACAGAGAAUCCACUUGGAAAUUUGACAGGACCUCCUCAUUUGCCGCCAAAAUCUUUCAUUGAUGGAGAACUAGAUUUUUACAAUGUCGAUCGACUUGGUGGCGUUUUACCUUUCUUAGUGAGGACGUUGAGACAAGACCUCGUCGAUGUUUUGGGUGAAGAUAAUCCUUUUAUACAAAGCUUUGAGCCGAAUUACAAUCGGGCUGGAGGGAUAGAUGCUGGUGUGAGUGAGAUGGCUGCAGGAUCUCCCGCUCUAGCAACGUUACCGCAAGUCAUAUCGUCUAUGGCCAGGUUCAUGCACGCAGCGAUGCCACCUAUGCCUAACAGGACGACGGGUGAGACUGCUUUGGCUUUGAAAGGAACAAGAUCAAUGAUGCCUGGAGCUGGUGCUAUUGAUGUACGAUCAGCGUAUCUAAGAUUGCUAGAUGGUCUACUGGCAUUGUACCACGGUGCUGGUAUUAAGCAUGCUGAAAAGUUAUGCGAACUCCGAGAUAGUCAACUUGACUUAGCUGACUGCCUGCAUGACAUUGAACAGCGCAUAUCCACAGUGUCUACGGAAUUACAAGACGGUGUUGGUUCAAAAAUGGAGCUGUCAGAGAGUGAUAAAAUACAAAAGCAACUGAUGGAAAGGAUGCUGAAAGAACUUGAGCGAUCUAAAUCAGUUUACGAAGAGAAGUUAAUGUCGGGCGCAUUGCAAAUGGCCUGGGUGAUAGGAGCUAUAUGGACGAAGCAACGCCAGCAAGAAUUGGCUAUACACUUCGCUGGUACACUGCACUCUCUUCGUCUCUCCUCGGAUCCUGAUUAUGCACACCAUAUUGAGGUAGCAAGUAAGGAAAUUCUACCGGGAAAGAGUUCUCUACUUGGUAACUCCAGUUACGCGUCACUGCAACUUGAAUAUACGUCCAGUUCCGAUCAGAGUCCUCAAAGUCAGACCUCAAGAGUUCCGACUCCACGACAAGGAUCUCAAGUGCAAAUUAAUAGUGUUACUACACACGAAGGUCCGCGUGGUUUUGCGGAGUCUUUGUUCGCGUUCGUACCGGAGUACCAUGUGGACGCCAUGUUGGAAUUGUGCAAUACUUUGAGACUGUACAUGCACCCCACUAUAUCUAUCAAUGAGAUUGUCGAAUGGGAAGACAUGAUGGUGUCAUGCGCUGCAUUCCUUUGCGCGGAGUUUGCAGACCAGCGCAUCGUGCUGGCCAGCACAAGAGAGUCGCUCGUACAAACGCUGGCGUCUUUUGCCACUCAGCCAUGCACUAUGAGGGCGAUUGAAAAGGUUCCAGUCAAGCAACAGAUGUGCAUGGUGGAAGAGUUGGUACGCCCGUACCAAAACCGCGCGUGGGCGCAGUCCAACUGGGUGCUGGUCCGCUUCUGGCACGGCUCCGGAUUCGGCUUUCGACACCGACAAUGGCCGCAUUUGGCUGCCAAAUUUGGCGAUAGAGAACCAACUGUUAACAAUAUGGGUGCUAAAGUAGAUGCUGGUUUAAUGAGUCAAUGUUUUGGUCCGUGUCCAUCGGAAGUAAUUCAAGGGCGCAUCAGAGACUACCUCGCGGCCAAUCCUAAAGAUGCGGCUUCUUUUCUCAAUUCCUUGCUCAGUCAAUUGAAUUGGGCUUUUUCUGAAUUUAUCACUAUGAUGCAAGAGAUGGAUAGGAUAUACAUAGACGCGCACCUGGAGCCGCGUCAGAUCAAGCUGUGUGCGACUUGCUUCGACCUGUACCAUGGGCUGGCGCGCGCGCUCGAGAUGACGCUACACCUCGCGCCUUCGCUGCUCACCAAGCCCGACGCCAGCGACAACCAGAAUGAGCUUUUGCUGGGGAGGACUUGCCAGAUUCUGAUGGCGGUGAUAUCCCGUGUGUGUGUGCGAGGUGGGGGCGGCGCGGGAUUUGCCCGACUGGUAGCUCGUGGCUUGCCCGAUACUGAUCGCGUGCACUACUACGUCGCACUGGCGCCAGUAGCUGGCUGCCUUAUUCGAUUACUUGAACCGGAAUUGUCUGCUGAUCAUUUGAUAAAGGUAUCGAAAGCGAUCGUAAGCGAGCCUCUGUUCAGAAUUGAUGGUCUAGAGUUUAUGCUUGGAAAAUCAGAAGAAAAUCAAUUCUCUUUUUACAAUUACCCAGACGAUGUAACAACAGAGGAGUUGACCGCACUAGAAGAUGUAGUCAGUCGUCUCCGUGUGGCUCGCGAUGCAGUCAUCAAGGUGAGCUCGCCUGGCUCCAGCGGCACACAGUCGGAGCUACUCUGUACGAUCUGCUAUGCCAGGCCUGCGGACACCGCGUUUGUUCCAUGCGGACAUCAUUCCUGUAGGCCGUGUAUAAUGCAGCAUUUACUAAAUAGCAAGCAAUGUUUCUUCUGCAAAGCGGACAUCGAGUCCGUACGAGAAAUAGAAGCCACGAACAAUUGA